AUGAGGGCGGGAACGGGCGAACGAAGGGAGAGGAUUGAGUUAGGCCGAAGAACGAGAUAUCAGGAGGAGGAAGAGGACGACUGGGGAUGCGAGGGGGACCCGCGAUUCUCGCAGCACUAUCACAGUGGGGCCCCAAGCUAUGGGAGGAAUGCCGGUUAUUCCCGGGGUGGUGAGGAAGAGGAUGACAUGGUGUUUAGAGCUAAACCUCCCACCAUUGAGUUUCCAAAAUUCAAUGGUCGUGAGGAUGUCGGUCUGUGGUUAUACUCAGCGGAGCGAUGGUUCAAGAACCACCCCACUAGGGAAGAACAAAAGGCUCAGCUAGCUUCCUUCUACUUGGAGGGAGAUGCACUACAGUGGUGGGAGUGGAUGGAGCGGACCUAUGCAGAAGCUCAUACGCUAAUCACUUGGCCUAUGUUUAAGGAGGAGUUGCGGUAUCAGUUCGGAAAAUCUGAAGGAUGGGCUCCGGAGCAGCUGGCCAAGCUGCGCCAGACAGGGACGGUGGCGGAGUAUAGGGCCGAGUUCUUCAAACUGGGUAACCAAUGCAAGGGCGUUCCAGAAGAGACAUUGGUGGGCCUAUGCAUGGCGGGACUCCGUCCGGAGAUUGCAGCUGCUGUCCGGGUAUUUGAGCCAGAUUCACUACGAGCUGUUUUCCGUCUUGCAGGUAAUAAGGAGGAGGAACUGGCUAGCUGGCGGGGAGUGAUAGGCCGAUAUCAGAAGCCGAGCGGAGGUGGAAGUGGGAGCGGGCCGAGUAGCGGGUCGGGGGUCCCGGCGCCGGGUCCGAGCACGGGAGGGGGUCCGAUGGCUGGUCCACCCACUGCGGCCAUUCGAGCGGUACCAAGGGCAUCGCCCAAGGGAUUUACUAGGCUAUCUCCUGCUGAGAUCGAGCAGAAGAGGCGAGAAGGAAAAUGUUUUAACUGCAGCGAAAGGUUCACCUUUGGUCACAAAUGCGGGAAGCCUGAUCUAAUGUUCUUGGUGGGGCGCUGGGAAGAUGAGGCCGAGGAUGAAGCCGCAGAGGACUCAGGAGCGGGGCAAGAGAAGCUUCAACCUUGA